GUUAGAAGGUCAUGCAGCAGGUUGAAACGGAUGGUGUUUCCAUCCCAGAAACCAUGAUGAAAAACAGCGAGAUCCCCCAUGUGUUUGCCAUGGACAAUCUGGACUGGAAGAAGAAGACACUGGAGGGUGGGAGUUUGAAUGCCACCACUGCAAUUAUAAUUGAAAACCAAAAGAUUGUGCGGGUCCAGGAGGGUGCCAGACUCCCCACUUCUACCUCGGACAGAAAGAAGACUCUCUCAGAUGUUACUGACCUACCUGCUCCCAUGUGACACGUCUCAGCUAAAGACAGGCAGAGGUCCAGGUCACUUGAGCAUAUUGAGAAGCUAGAGAGUCUGGAUACUUCCUCAGAUGGCACAGCUGAAGACCUGUUACUUAUGUGGCAUCUUGCAAGAAUGGUUACAACUUCAGAAUUGCUGGAUGCUCCUCCAGAUGCAGAAGCAGGACUGCCUGGCUUUUCUGCCUUCUGUGCAGACCUCCACCCACACAGACCGGCCAGUAUCAUUGGCUAUCUUCCUCUCAUCCCAGCAUCUCUAACUGAUCCUGCUGUCCUGAAAGAAGAAAUGAAACGGCUGAUCAAGACAUCGCAUGCACUGGGAGACAAGUAUACCAUUAUCAUUGGAGAUCAGGCUACAUAUGAACUCGCAGUUGCCAUCAGAGACAAGCACAGAGAUGAGUUCUGCAAUGUAGUCCUGCUGCUGGGGGGAUUUCACCAAGCUCAUAACUACAUGAAGGCUGUUUGCAAAAUCAUCAGGGAUGCAGGUGCAGAGGAUAUUCUUGUUGCAGCUGGUCUGUUUCAGGAAGGGACUGCCAAGAAGAUGUUUGGUGAGAAGGCUGACUACUACCAAACCAUGCAUGCUCUCAGGAUCCUCAGUGAGGCCAUGUGGCGCUUGUACUGGCAAGCAUUUGAGGGAUGUGCAGCAGACAGAGAAACACAACACUGGCAGUCACAAGUAGAAAAUGUUGUGAAGAUGUUGUUUGAGAAAGACACCACUGCUACUGAGAAGUUGGUGAUCAUCCAGAUGUCACGUCCACAUAUAUCAAUCCUACAAGAACAGAUGUUACUUUUCCAGGAAUCUCUGCAGUUUUCUGGUCAAUCUUUCUGGAGAUGUCAGACAUUCUCCACAGGUUCAUCUACUACCAGCGGGAAGGUUACUGGGCAGGAGAUCUCUGUGAAUCAGCACGGAUGCUACCUUACCUCACUGCAGCAGGACACUACAAAUAUGGGCAGCAGUCUUUGCGUCUGUAUUUGUCUGAGAUGAAGAAACUGCCAGAGACAGCCCCUGAGGCACAUGAAGC